UGGCUUGAAUUAGAAGUUCACUCUUCACAACUCUUUCACAAGCUGUCACAGGAUGUCUCAGAGAGUGUGUUUAGGGGGCAACAGAACAGUGUGUGUGUGUGUCUGUGACAGAGAGAGAGAGCACCCAGGUUUAUGUAUUUAACGUAAGGAGGAGGAAGAGAGAAGUUAUCGUUUGGAGAUAAAUGUUACUCACUGUGGAAAGAAGAGUAUUAAAACUAAUUUCAGUCAGGGUUUCACCUUGUCAGAGCAACAAUGACGUCAAAUGUGAAGCUGAGAAAAGUGGGUGUUCUAGACUAUGACACACAAAUCAAAGAGGUGCGUUGUCAGUUGUUGGACCAGUUGAAGGUGUUGGACCUGCAAUUAGAGCAGAAAUCUCAGCAGCUUCAGGACCUGACAGACUACCUGCGUAGACGCAGUGAGAUAGAAGGGGAGUAUGCACGCUCGCUUGACAAAUUGUCCGAGAGGUUCACCUCCAAAAUCAAAAGGAAGGAGCCCUGUAAUGGCCAGUCAGUGGCCCAGUGUUGGCUGGUGCUCUUGUCUCAGACCAGACAGGAGAGCAGAGACCACAGUGGUCUGAGUGAAAUAUGUAGGACCACCCUAACCGAGCCCCUUACUCACUGUCUGGACAUCACACAGCGCCUGGCCAAGAGGAGUAAAGAUGUCUGUAGCCAGUUACAGGAUGGUCUACUGAAAGUCACCACAGAGCUACAGACAGCAUGGAAGACCUACUACCAGUACCAUUCAGAUUAUGUGUCUGCAGAGGGAAAGCUGAAGGAAGCAGAGAAACAGAAACAAGGCACUUCUAAGAAGAUAGAGAAAAGACAGUGUAAAGUGCAGGAGAUUCAGCUGAAGUGCACCAAGGCUCGAAACGACUACCUCCUCAACCUAGCUGCAGCCAACGCUUCCAUGAACAAGUACUAUCUCCAGGACAUCUCCUCACUCAUAGAUUGUUCAGAUGUGGGCUACCACCUGUCUCUGUCCCGUGUGCUGUGCGCCUACCUGUCCAGCCGGUCCUGGGGUCAGCAGAACCUGAGUGUAGGGCUGCAGCAGCUCCAAAGUGCUGUGUCUGAACUGGACCAGAGUCAGGACAGAGACAACCUGCUACAGACACACACCAACACCUUCUGUCUGCCCCUCCGCUUCCACUAUCAGCCACACGACGGAGACCAGGUGUUUGAGGUGAGUGCAGAGCAGGAGAUUAGGGGUGAGAUGGUGACCAGGUUCCAACAACUACAAUCUAAACUCACCGGGUUCACCCAGGAAACGGAGGAGGCAGAUAAGACUCUACGGGCGGCCCGCGUUACCCUGCUGGAAGGUAUCAGUGAUGAUGACUUAGAUCCUCCACCCUCCAGCAGCCAGACCCAGGGCUCCCAGGUCUAUCUUCAGUCCCUGUCUCAGAGCCAAGGUCAGGGGGGAAGCAAUGAAAGCCUGGCCAGCAGCAGUAGCAGACCUAGUCUGGCCAGACGCAGAGCCAACCUGCAGGAGACUGAGAUCCUCUACUGUACUAAAGUGAAGGAGUAUCUCUGUAAAAGCUCUUUGGUAUCCAAACUACAGGCUAAACAUGAUCUGCUUAAAGUGGCUGUAGAGAAAGCUGAAGCAACCAAUGGUCAUCAACCCAGAGAAAUCUCCAGGAAGUCUGUUCGUGUGAGGGUGAAGGGUCAACCUAGCAUCCAGUUCACUCACAAACUCUUCACUGGAGACAUGCUCUCGUUCAUACAGGCAUCGGGCCAAGAGAUCCCAGUGGUUGUGGAAAGCUGCAUUCGCUUCAUCAACCUCAAUGGUCUCCACCAUGAGGGUAUCUUCAGAGUACCAGGGUCUCAGGCCGAGGUCAACAGUCUGAGAGAUGCGUUUGAGAGAGGAGAGGACCCCCUGGCAGACAGCAUGUGUGACAUGGACUUAGUAGCAGGAGUACUGAAGCUUUACUUCAGAACCCUGGAGAAACCUCUCUUUCCUCAGGACAGCACCACUCAGCUCCUGGAGUACGCAGAGAUUGAUAACGAGACAGAGAGAGCAGCUAAACUCAAAUCAGUCAUAUCCUCCUAUCCUCCACCUGUCAUCAUCGUCAUGAGAUACCUCUUUGCAUUCCUCCAUCAUGUAUCCCAGUACAGCGAUGAGAACAUGAUGCAGCCCUAUAACUUAGCCGUGUGCUUCGGCCCCAGUCUGGUGAGAGGGUUACAGGAUGAGGAUGUUGUUACUCUGCAGCCUCAGAUCAACUCUCUGGUGAAGGGCAUCAUUUUGCAGCAUGAGAGCAUCUUCCCCAGCCCGACCGAGCUACAGGGACCGGUGUAUGAGAAAUGCAUGACGCUGGAGCAAGACGACUGUGAGGAGGGAGAAGGGGAUUCAGAAAUCCUCAGUAAAGAGUCAGAGUCAAAGGGAGAGCGAUCUCGAUCCAACAGUAGCAGCAGUUCCAGACAAUCCCCAGCAGGAGGGAGUGUGUCCCUUGGAGAAAAGUUCACCAUACAGAUCCCCAUGGCUCUACAUGGCAGGCCCCGCUCCCCCCGCUACACACGCAAAGAAGCCCAGGACCUGUCAUCCAGUGAAGAUAUAACAGUUCAGGUUGACAAGGAGGUCUGCCACCAGAUGAGCUCUGUCUUCAAGGAGCUUAUCGCUCGACAAUCAUUCCCUCCUCCAUCCUCCUCCACCCCCUCGGUCACCUCAUCCCGCUCUUCCCAACCUCCUCCAGAGCAAAAGAAAGGAGGGGUUGGGCGCAGAAGGGAAAGACCUGUUUAGAUCUGACCAACUGGACUGGUAAAAAGAGAGAGGGGACCAGAAUGAAUUAAUGGCUAGAUGGAUGAAUACAUGAAUGAGAGGGAAGGAAAGGAAGGAGAGAGACGAAAGAGACGAGAGACGAGAUGACACCGUGUAGGAUGACAGGUUGCGACAGCAGCCUUUGACAGUGGGAUUACAGAUGGCUGGGUUACAUGAACCGCAGUCAGUUCACUGUAGUGUAUGAGUCUGCUCAGACAGCAGCCUUCAUUGUGAAGCCUGUGAAUGGACAGUCACAGACAAAAGGGUUUGACUCCUACUGUGAAGACUUUUGUUAGUGUGUUUGAUACAACACACCCCAAUGACCCCCACUCUGAUUUUCACUGUAGGGCUGUGUCCCCAUUCUCCACACUUUUCCCAAAGUGUGCACUUGCACACUCCCCACCAUGGAUUUGAAAAGCAUUGGAUUGUAAUCAUUAACCUCUAUGGGCUAGGUGGGACGCAAGCGUCCCACCCGUGGUGCACUCCAUCAACAGCAGGUGCAUUUCAAGAGCGGCAAAUUUGAAUCCAAAUAAAUGUCAAAAUUCAAAUUUUUCAAAAAUACAACUAUUUUACACCCUUUGAAAGAUAAACAUCUCCUUAAUCUAACCACGUUUUACGAUUUCAAAAAGGUUUUACGGCGAAAGCAUA